AUGACCUUUAAUCAAAAUUCAGAGUUAAUCAAAUUAUUUGGUCCAGAUUUGGCUUUGAAUGAAGACAAGUUGGUUCCUAUAUUGGAGAAUAUUAUGAAGGUAUAUGUCCUAGAUGUUGAUAGUUUAUUUAUUAAAUGGGAACAAUUUUCUUAUCACAAUAAGGAAGCAACUCUAUCUGUAGCCGAUUUAAACAAAUUCAAAGAUUAUAUUCAAAAACAAAUGGAAAAAAAAAUCAAUAAGAAUAAUAAUAAUAAUAAUAAUAAUAAUAAUGACAAUGCAAUUACUAGCACUUCCAUUUUAGCUAGUAAUGCUGAUAAUCGAAACUACAAUGUCUCUAACGGUUCGAUUAACACAGGCAGUAAUUCUAUGGCUAGUUUAAAAAGUAAACGUAAAAUUAUGAAACAUAAUACCAUAGUGACAUCAAGUCCCUCUACAUCUUUUAACAAUAAUCAUAAUAGUACUAAUAUGUCGGAAAAGUUUAUCCCAUUGUUUGAUAAUGCUGCUAAAAAAAGAAAAAUUAAUAGUUCACCCAUUUAUGAUAAAGCCUCCUCAAAUGAUAAUAGAGAGGCUAAAUCAUUUUUAUUUGAAAAGGAUAAUGCCUAUAAUGAUCAUAAUAAGGAAAUCUCAUUAAAUGUUUCCACGAUUAUGGAUAAAUCUGAUGAUGCAGACACUUCCACAGAUUUUAAAACACCUUAUGACCAGUCUCGACCAGCGGACAUUAUAGAUUCUUCAAAGAGGGUGAAUCAAAACAUUUCUGGUAAAAUAAUGAAAUCUUUAAAUGCCCAUUUAGAUAUAGCACCCGGUUUAACUUUUGGAAAUGAUGAAGGGAAUGUUGGUGAGGGGGUUGCCACAUCUCCAAAAGUUAGUAUUACACCCCUCUUCGAUGCAGAAAAAUAUAGAUUUAGAACAAUGAGACAAAAUGUGUUGGAUGUUGCUGAAUAUUUAGAUGAUCAACUCGAAACGUUUGAAAAAAUUUUUUAUGAUGCAUAUAAUAUUGAGUUGGGUGACCCUACAAUACAAUCGCAAAAUGAAAUUUAUUGUUGUGGAAGGAUUGUCCCCGAUAUUAUUAAUUUGUCAACGGAGAAUAUGUUAAAUUCAGAAUCUUUAGCCAUAGAAACUAGCAGGAGUACCGGUAUUGGGAAAAGGGUCAAACUAAAAGUGGAUAAAAUUAAAAAUACUUCGUUAUUUCAAGGUCAAAUCGUUGGACUAAGGGGUAAAAAUGCGGACGGCCUCAAUUUCGUAGUAGAAGAGGUUUUACAAAUACCGCUUUUACCCUCACCUGUAACUACCAACGAUGAACUAAUGCAAUUUAAUGACAAAAUGAAGGAUUCAGAUAUGAAAUGCCUAAUUACGUGUGGGCCAUACACCAGAUCCGACAGCCUAGAUUAUACCUUAUUGUCCACUUUUAUAGACAAGGUAAACAAUGAAUAUAGGCCAAAUGUAUUAAUUAUGCUGGGUCCCUUUAUUGAUAUAUCUAAUGAAUUGAUUUUAAGGGGGAAAAUACCCAAUCUUGAUUAUUUAGGUAAACAUGAACAGCCUAGAAAUUUAGAUGAAUUGUUUAUUAAGGUGAUAAAUCCGAUAUUGGAAAAAAUUAACGAAAACAUUCAGUUAAUUAUAAUUCCUAGUAUAAAUGACACACUUCUUAGCCACAGCACGUAUCCACAACCUUCCUUUUCUAAAAAAAUUCUCCAAAUGAAUACUGCAAGAUCUAAGAAUUCUUUACAAUCGUUCCCCAACCCAAGCACUUUUCAACUGAAUGAAAUUUUUGUGGGAUGUUCAAACUUGGAUUUUUUCAAAAAUUGUAAGGACGUUAUUUUAGGCUCAGAUGUGUUUUUGACUAAUAGGUUUGAAAGAUUAACUAAUCAUCUUUUGGAACAAAGGAGGUAUUUUCCUCUUUUCCCACCUACUUGGAAUGCAAACACCAAAAGAGUGGCGAAGAAUGAUAAAUUAAGGAUAUUUGCUCCCAAUCUAGCAAACGAGGUGGAAUGUAUAUAUAAGGCAGUGGAUCCACCUUCUAUUGAUGUGGGAUAUUUCGGUCUAACUGAAUUUGUUGGUGAUACUAUACCUGAUUUGAUGAUUUUACCAAGUGAAUUGAAUGCUUUUACUAGUGUGGUUAAAAACGUGGUUAUUGUAAACCCUGGCUGUUUUAUUUCUAGACUAAAUGGUAAUGUAGGUACUUUUGCUCAGCUAAGUGUUAAAAAACCAGAUCUGGAUACGUUUAAUAAUUUAGAAAAAGUUUCCAAUAAUGCAAAGGAGGAUGAUUUGUAUUUACAUGGUUUAUGGAAAAGGGCUAGAGUGGACAUUAUACAUGUUUAA